AUGGGUUCAUCAUGUGCAAUCGAUUACGAAAUCAACACCAAUCUGUUUGAUCCAUUAUGUGUCAGGGCCUCCAUUAUGUAUCUCCCCAAAGAUGAGCCCGAGGAGGUGAAGCUUCUGAUGGAGCGGAUUCGAGGUAAAGAGGAAGAUUUGGGUCACAACCACACCGUAAGGGACGAGUAUGCUCUUAUCAACGAACAGAUCAGGAACAGCCAGGGUUUUGACGUCGAUUUCUCCAAGUUCCGGUACCUUUUCGAUUUCUUCCCUGCGUUUCUCGAUGAAACCGAUGUCGCCGACGCACCAGAAACCGAUGGGGAGUUUUUCGGUAGAUUGUGUAAGGAAGCCAUUGAGGAUUACAACAAAAAAGAGGGGACGAGUUUCGAAUUUGUGGAGGUUGAGAAGGCCAAUGUUUACUCCAAUAGUGGAUACGUUUACUUCAUCACCUUUGUAGCCAAGGAUACUCGUGACCAUAACCAGACCAAAAUCUUCCAAGCUAAGGUCAUCCAUGUUUAUUGUAGAGAGAUUGAACACAGCUUCUGCAGGCUGAAACCCGGUCAAGAAGAUUCCAAGAAUGUUGCGAAGAAACUAAGGGUUCAGUAA